AAGCGUGAUACAUUUAGCGAAAUUCUUCCUUGUGAAACACUAAGCCGAGAGUAUAAAACUGUUAUAAAACUGUAAAGUCAAGUAUUUUUUCCUGUAGGGAAACUCACACAAUGCAGAUUUGUUGGAAGGAGUACUGUUGGUGACAGCGAAUUUUUAGUCCACGUGCACACCGUGUACAGAUAUCAGGUGCUAUAACCGGUCUUUUGAUUUGACGCUAGAUACACGGGUUACCUUCCGUACAUUUCAUUCAGCCGCAAAUCAAGUUUCAUAACACUACCACCAACUGAAGUAUUCAUGCCGCCACCUUAUACUGAAGGAUGCUGUGGUCCCCACACACACGGCUGGGAGUGUACACCUCCACAACCACCAGGUGCUGGAUGUCCCCCGGCUUCGUACCCCCCUUCUUAUCCCUCACAACCACAAGGUCCUAUUAACAACCCACCGAUUCCUUUCAUGGGCUUUAUCGCUCCAUCUGGUAUGACGGUGGGCAAACUCAUACAUAUAACAGGGGUAGCCGGUGACAGGUUUUCGGUAAAUAUACAGGAUAACGUUGCCGACGGCUCUGAUAUUGCCCUCCAUUUUGAUGUGAGGAUCAAUUGGGAAGGCAAUAAUAGCGAGAUUGUACGCAACAGUAGAUCAAACGACCAGUGGGGACCCGAGGAGAGACAGAAGCCAUACUUUCCCUUCCAACCAAAGGCUAACUUUGACAUAAUGAUCCUUUGUGAGCAACAUUGCUUCAAGGUUGCUGUUGAUGGCAAGCACUUUAUCGAGUUUAAGCACCGCUUACAACCUUUGGAUCGCUUCCGGUUCUUGGGCAUAGUGGGUGAUGUCAAGGUCACGCAGAUUAGAAUUCAGUAAUACGGAUCAGUGGCCAUAAUGUGAAAAUGUUUACUUAUGUUAUUUACUUUCCAUUAUGUUU